AUGUGUCUUUCUUUUAUUUUUAUACUUCUUCUGUUUUCUCAUUUUACCAUUUUAAUAUUAUUCUUUUUCAUUUUUCCUUUUGUUUUUAUUUCGACCUCUAUUAUUUUUCUUCUUCUAUCUUCUUCUAUUUCUUCAUAUAUUUCUUCUUUUUUCUUCUAUAUUUUUCUAUUUCCGUCUCCCUUUUUUCUUUUUUUUUUCCUUCUAUAUUUUUCUAUUUCCGUCUCCCUUUUUUCUUUUUUUUUUCCUUCUAUAUUUUUCUAUUUCCGUCUCCCUUUUUUUUUUUUUUUUUCCUUCUAUAUUUUUCUAUUUCCGUCUCCCUUUUUUCUUUUUUUUCCUUCUUUAUUUUUCUAUUUCCGUCUCCUUUUUUUUUUUUUUUUUCCUUCUAUAUUUUUCUAUUUCCGUCUCCCUUUUUCUUUUUUUUUCCUUCUAUAUUUUUCCAUUUCUACCUCUAUUUUUUCUUCUUCUUUUCUUCUACAUUUUUUCCAUUUCUACCGCUAUUUCUUCUUUUUCUUUUCUUUUUGUUUUUUCUACUUCUACAACUAUUUUUUUUCUACCUCUGUUUCUUUUUCCUUUUUCUUCUUCUAUUCUAUCGAUUCUUUUCUUUCCUUAUUUUUCCAUUUUUCUGCUAUUCUUUUUCUAUUGUUCAUUUUUCCUUCUUCUUUUCUUCCUAGUCCUACUACUAUUACUUCGAUUUUUUCUGAUUUUCUUACUUCUCUUCCUUUCACUUACUCUCUUUCUUCUUCAUUGUUUAACUUUUUCUUUUUUCUUAUUUGUUUUUGUUUCUUCCUCUUCUUCUGUCUUACCAUUUUUCAGAAUUUUUCUUAUUUUUCUCUUUCGAUUUUUUUGCAACUUCAGCCUUUCUUUUUCUUUUUUAAAUUCCUUCUCUUUCUCCCUUUUUCCUUUUUAGCCUUUUUCCUACUUCCACUACUCUUUCAAAUCUUCUUACAUUUUCUUCCCAUCUGUCUUUCUUUCUUUUCUUUCAUUCUUUUUUGGUUUUCUUCUUUUCAUUUUUCGUCUUUUCCUUCUUCUUUUAUUUCCCCUGCCUCUUCUUCUUGCAUCAAAUGCAAAAAUAAACCCACUGCUGGAAUAACCCGCCUACUCCCCGAGCAAAGAACUUUUCCAUCUUCAUUUUUGCUUUUAUUUCCGAAAUAUUCUAAAUUCUUCUGUUGA